AUGCAUGAUGGAGAACAACAUCUGGCGAUCUUCGCGGCACAGUCCACUUACAAACGCCCCGUUGUAAGCUACUCUAUUAGGGCGUUCGAUGAGAUUUUGUGUGGGGUAGUUGAUGGACGUCUCCGACAUAGAUAUGACGGACUUUCGGUAAGCGGACGGCCAGACUGCGAGCACGGCCUCUGGUAUCUGCAAAGUCUCAUCGCCUAUGAGGACCUUGAACGAGGAGAGCUUUGUGAAGAAGCCCCCAGGGGCGGUGGUGUCUAG